AUGUGCGAAUUACCUACCUUUGUGCUUAGUACCUACAAUCAAGUAUUCAUGCUAACUGAAGAAUCAAUCACUGAUUUAGGAGACAGUGUCCUUAUUCCAAGACUCCCAAUGAACGAACUUUUACAAUUGAAUUCAGAGGUCAUACAUAGAUUAUCAAAUAAGAGAGCAGUGGAGUAUAUUUCCGGACCCGUUGCAAUGAUUGGAGAUAUACACGGCAAUUUACGCGAAUUAAUCAGAGCUUUUAUUGUGAAUGGAAUGCUACCUAAGACCAAAUAUGUAUUUCUCGGUGAUUAUGUAGAUAGGAAUGAGUUCUCAGUAGAAGUUAUCACACUUUUAUUCUCAUUAUAUUGUCUUUACCCCGAACAUAUUGUUUUACUUCGUGGAAAUCAUGAAUGUAGAUCUACAAAUGCAAAUUAUGGUUUCAAACAGCAAGUUUUAGAUUUUUAUCACAGCGAAGAUCUAUGGGAAUCCUUUAAUUCUGUCUUUGAUUAUUUGCCCAUAGCCGCUGUCGUAAACAACACAUAUUUUUGCGUCCACGGUGGUAUAUCACCAUCAAUAACAUCAGUCGAAAAGUUAGCUUCGCACACACUCCCGAUAUAUCAUGUUUCGGAAAGGGCUUCAGAGGUCAAUCGAUUACAUAUGGAACUUACGCAGCUUUCGACUUCUUAUCAAAUAAUGGAUUAUCAGCUAUAA